CUCUUCACGCUGGGUUUACCAGUGAGAGCCAAACGGAGAUUCGAAAGGUAAACAAAUUGGCGAUAUCCUAACCAUCGAUAGUAAGUGAAGUAGCCCCUAACCCUUCCUCUGUGAAUGAAAUAAGCAUUGCAGAUUACAUAGAAACUUCAUCAUCCGUGUUUGUAUCUACGUACGGGAAAGUUUCUUACGGUUGUUAGAAGGGCAGGACUGAAAUGUGAGAAUGUCAACUAAAUCUAGAGAUUUUUUGUCUUUGUCACAGUUCCUGUUGCGAUCGAAAAGUUUGACUUUAUACCGAGAUAUUUUAAGGACUAUAAAGAAAAUUCCAAAUAAAGAACAUCAGAUUGAAUUGAAACAGUGGGUUAGGAAAGAUUUUGAACAGAAUAAAAGUAUCAGAGAUGAAGAAAUUAUUAGGUACCAUUUAAGCAGAGGAAGAGCUUUUCAUGAGGAACUCAUAACCUCAUUAAGUCUUGUCAAGUGAUUAUAAACUUCGUUUUCUUUUUCAUAUUACUACUCUAUUUUUACAGCAUUACUAAUGUAAAAUAUAACCAUACUAUAAUUAAAUAAAUACUUUAGAAUGAUAAAUAGUAUAUAAAAUGAUAAUUGUUUAAUAUAUUUUUUUGUUCAAAAUUGAUUGUUUGAAUAAAUAAUUUUUGGUUUUCUCGA